CCUUUUCUCUUUUCCCGGAAGGAGAGGGGAGCGCGGCUGGGCGCGCAAGGUGGGGAGGUGCGGCGCUGGGCGUGGGAAGCGGGGCGCGCGGAAGCACCCCUCCCUCCCGGCCUCCUUGCGGUCUACCCUUCUGCCAGCCCAGAUCCGUCACCAGCCGGGAUCGAAGUCGACCGUGCGGCCAAGGGGGCGCGGCCGGGACGAGCUGCGGGGCAGGGUGUCCGGGGUGGGGGCGCGGCGACCAGACGCCGGGCUGGCCGGAGAACAGACCCGCGGACCUCGGAGCGCACCUGAGAGCCCGGACCCCGAGCGGAUGUGAAACCGAUCAGCGCUGCGGGGCUGAAGGACGCGGCGGGCCGAGGGUUUGGCGGUGGUGCGCGGGCAGGUGAACAGGUCCGCACGCCCAGCUCCGCGUCCGCACGCGCUCUCGCCCGGGUGCCCGCUCCCGCUCGCCUCCAUGGGACCCAGCCCCCGCCUCGCCACCCCUGUCCUGCGCCCGACGCUCUGCGCGCUCGCCUUGAUUGUGGCCGCCGGCGGUCGCGUCGCCUCCGCCUUCAACCUGGACACCCGAUUCCUGGUGGUGAAGGAGGCCCGGAACCCGGGCAGCCUCUUCGGCUACUCGGUCGCCCUCCAUCGGCAGACGGAGCCGCAGCAGCGCAACCUGCUCCUGGUUGGUGCUCCCCGUGACCUCGCCAUGUCUGAUGGCUAUACCAACCGGACCGGUGCUGUGUACCUGUGCCCACUCAGUGCCCACAAGGACGACUGUGAGAGGAUGGACAUCACAGAGAAAAAUGACCCUGACCAUCACAGAAUCGAGGACAUGUGGCUUGGGGUGACUGUGGCCAGCCAGGGCCCUGCAGGCAGAGUCCUGGUCUGUGCCCACCGCUACACCCAGGUGCUGUGGUCGGGGUUGGAGGAGCAGUGGCGCAUGGUGGGCAAGUGCUACGUGCGGGGCAACAACCUAAAGCUGGACCACACCGACGACUGGCAAACCUACCACAACGAGAUGUGCAACAGCAACACCGACUACCUGGAUACGGGCAUGUGCCAGCUGGGCACCAGCGGAGGCUUCACCAAGAACACCGUGUACUUCGGCGCUCCCGGUGCCUACAACUGGAAAGGAAACAGCUACAUGAUUCAGCGGAAGGAGUGGGAUUUAUCCGAAUACAGUUACAAGGACCAGGAGGACCAAGGAAACCUCUAUAUUGGGUACACGGUGCAGGUGGGCAGUGCCAUCCUGCACCCUACAGACAUCACCAUUGUGACGGGUGCCCCGCGGCACCGACAUAUGGGUGCUGUCUUCUUGCUGAGCCAGGAGGUAGGCGGAGACCUGCGGAGGAGGCAGGUGCUGGAGGGCACACAGGUGGGCUCCUAUUUUGGCAGCGCCAUUGCCCUGGCAGACCUGAACAAUGAUGGGUGGCAGGACCUCCUGGUGGGUGCCCCCUACUACUUCGAGCAGAAGGAAGAGGUAGGGGGUGCCGUCUAUGUCUUCAUGAACCAGGCAGGCACCUCCUUCCCGACCCACCCCUCCCUUCUCCUUCACGGCCCCAGUGGCUCCGCCUUUGGCUUCUCCGUGGCCAGCAUUGGUGACAUCAACCAGGAUGGAUUCCAAGACAUUGCUGUGGGAGCUCCGUUUGAGGGCUUGGGCACGAUAUACAUCUACCACAGCAGCUCCAGGGGGCUCCUGCAACAGCCCCAGCAGGUCAUCCGUGGAGAGCAGCUGGGACUCCCUGGCCUGGCCUCCUUCGGCUACUCCCUGAGUGGGAAGAUGGAUGUGGAUGAGAACCUCUACCCAGACCUGCUCGUGGGGAGCCUGUCGGACCGCGUCGUGCUGCUGCGGGCCAGGCCCGUCAUCAACAUCCUCCACAGGACCUUGGUGGCCAGGCCGUCCGUGCUGGACCCCGCACUCUGCACAGCCACUUCCUGUGUGCAGGUGGAGCUGUGCUUUGCCUACAACCAGAGUGCCGGGAACCCCAACUACAGGAGAAACAUCACCCUGGCCUACACGUUGGAGGCAGACCGGGACCGCCGCCCACCCCGGCUUCGCUUUGCGCAGAGCCAGUCAGCUGUCCUCCAUGGCUUCUUCUCCAUGCCCGAGCGGCGCUGCCAGAACCUAGAGCUGCUCCUGAUGGACAACAUCCGCGACAAACUCCGCCCCAUCGUCAUCUCCAUGAACUACUCGUUACCUUUGCGUUUGCCCGACCAACCCCGGCUGGGCUUGCGGUCCUUGGACGCCUACCCGGUCCUCAACCAGGCACAGGCUCUGGAGAACCACACGGAGGUCCACUUCCAGAAGGAGUGCGGGCAGGACAACAAGUGCGACAGCAACCUGCAGAUGCAGGCGGCCUUCGUGUCGGAGCAGGGGCAGCGGCUGAGCAGGCUCCAGUACAGCAAAGACCUCCGGAAACUGUUCCUGAGCAUCAAUGUGACCAACACCCCAAGCAGGGAGCGGGCUGGGGAAGACGCCCAUGAGGCGCUGCUCACCCUGGCGGUGCCCCCCGCCCUGCUGCUGUCCUCAGUGCGCCCUUCUGGAACCUGCCAGGCCAACGAGACCAUCCUUUGUGAGCUGGGGAACCCCUUCAAACGGAACCAGAGGAUGGAGCUGCUCAUCGCCUUCGAGGUCAUUGGGGUGACCCUGCACACAAGGGAAUUCCAGGCGCAGCUGCAGCUCUCCACGUCAAGUCACCAGGACAACCUGUUGCCCAUGACCCUGACUCUGCUGGUGGACUACACUCUCCAGGCCUCGCUUAGCAUGGUGAGUCAACGGCUACAAAGCUACUUUGGGGGAACGGUGAUGGGCGAGUCUGGCAUGAAAACUGUGGAGGACGUAGGAAGCCCUCUCAAGUAUGAGUUCCAGGUGGGCCCAGUGGGCGAAGGGCUGGCAGUCCUGGGGACCCUGGUCCUAGGGCUGGAGUGGCCCUAUGAAGUCGCCAAUGGCAAGUGGCUGCUGUACCCCACGGAGAUCACCAUCCGAGGCAACGGGUCCUGGACCUGCCAACCACCAGGAGACCUUGUCAACCCUCUCAACCUCACUCUCUCAGUCCCUGAGGACAGACCGCCAUCACCACAGCGCAGGCGGCGACAGCUGGACCCGGGGGGAGUCCAGGGCCCCCCACCUGUUCCUCUGGCUGCUGCCAAAAAAGCCAAGUCUGAGACCGUAUUGAGCUGUGGCAGUGUCCACACCCGCUGUGUGUGGCUGGAGUGCCCCAUUCCUGAUGUCCCUGUCCUCACCAACGUGACAGUGCAGGCUCGAGUGUGGAACAGCACCUUCAUUGAGGAUUACAGAGACUUUGACCGAGUCAGGGUAACCAGCUGGGCUACCCUGUUCCUCCGAACCAGCGUCCCCACCAUCAACAUGGAGAACAAGACUGUGCCGUUCUCCGUGGACAUUGACUCCGAGCUGGGGGAGGAGCUGCCAACCGAUAUCGAGCUGUGGCUGGUGCUUGUGGCUGUGGGGGCCGGGCUGCUGCUGCUGGGGCUCAUCAUCCUCCUGCUAUGGAAGUGCGGCUUCUUCAAGCGAGCCCGCACUCGCGCCCUGUAUGAAGCUAAGAGGCAGAAGGCCGAGAUGAAGAGCCAGCCGUCAGAGACAGAGAGGCUGACCGAAGACUACUGAGGGGGCAGCCCCCGCCCCCACCCCACCCGGUGUGACUUCUUUAAGCGGACCCGCUAUUACCAGAUCAUGCCCAAGUACCACGCCGUGCGGAUCCGGGAGGAGGAACGCUACCCACCUCCAGGGGGCACCCUGCCCACCAAGAAGCACUGGGUGACCAGCUGGCAGACAUGGGAUCGAUACUACUGACGCCCUCCCUGAUCCCGCCCCUGCGCCCCUGGUGUCCCCUUCUUCUCUUUGUCAUAAGUUAAGUUAUGCCCCGACGGUCCGCAGGGGCCACGGCCUGUGGCUGGCACCAGUGGGUUCGGGCACACACACCUCCUUGAGCGCAUGCACAUGCCAUCUGACCACGGGCUCCUCCACGCAGGAGGGCUGGGGCCGUGGGCUUUGCUACGCCGAGCACACUGCAGCCCUGUGCCCUGGACACGCGUGGGUCCCACUGCUUGUGGACUGUGCUUGUGCACCACAGAGGGUGCGUGGACAUGCGUGUGCCGGCCUUUGCCGCUGCCAAAACCAAGCCCAAGGGCCUCUGCCAGAGCCGGGAAGGAAAGGCCCCGAAGUGGUGACCCCUCCCUACUUACACUGGACCCAAUUGAACCAUAGUCACUGGGUGAACUCCGCUCCUGAGAUGAAAACUACUGACAGGGAACAGCCCGCAGCCUCCAAGCUGUAGUUCCUGACACCGUGAGAGAGAACGCGGGUGGGGGUGGAUCUGCCCGAGGCUGUCCAAGGGGCGUGUGCAGGACUUGGCAUGCUCAGGCGCGAGAGCAGAAUGAACUAGAAGGAAGGUCACAGGAUGGCUUUCUUUCACGGACCGCUGCGAAGCCUCUGUCCUCAGCCGCGGCGUGCACUUGUGGGGAACGCAGCCUGAAGGAGCAAGGAUGGACAAGCUGCUAGGCAGCCUGGACACGCUGCGCUGGGACCGCCCUGGGAGCACAGAGGAAUCCUCAACCACAGACUGGCUGGUCCCGGGCCAAGGAGAUGCUGGAAGGAUACAGAGGAAAUGCCACUCCUCACCCACCACUACCGUCCUGGCGUCUGCAGGGCCUGGAGAGACCCCCACGAGAUCGCAGAGGGAGCGACACUUGAAUGUAGGACAGGGAGGGAGCCCUGUCCCUGACCCAUCGGCCACACCUCACUCCGUCCCCACCCACCAUGGGCUGGGGGCCUCGAAGUGGAGUUCUUGGCUGGCCUUGGCUUUCAUCGUCAACCAGCUCUGCCUUCUUCCCUAUGGGCUGAGUCCUGAGGCCCAUUCGGGAAGUCGAGGCUGGUUCCGGAAACCCCCUCCUGCCCCCUGCCUGUCGGCAGGCCCCCCGCCCCUUCCACGGUACUGUAGCAGGGGAGCUCCCUCCCCCUCCUUGUGCCUUCUUUGUACAUAGGCUUCUCACACCAACCAAUAAACAGCUCCCUGUUUGUACACACUG